AUGCAUCCACAGUUAGAUAAAAAUAGAUUCGACACAUGUGAUAAACUAAUGGACGCGCUUGAAGAAUGUCAUAGACAGGAAUUUUUGAAACAAUGUUUAGGACUAUGUAAUUUUGAAAAAGAUCAACUUGCUCAAUGUUUGCAUUAUACAAGAGUUAAUGAUGCUAAAGAGAGAAUCAAGCAAAGUCGAGAAAGACAAGCUAAAUGGGAUAGGUCCAGAAAACAGAGAGAGGAAGAGGCAUAUGGUAAAAACGCAUAUUUGAAAAAAGUUAUCGAAGUGGAAAAACAGAAAAAGAGCUCUGAGUAG